AUUAAUACAGUCGCUCCCGCGCGCUUUACCGUCAGCGUUUCGAUCGAACAUUACAGAGCUAUUUUCAGAUUGUUGGUGUCGUAAAUGAAACAUGAACGAUUGUCAAAGCGCAUCACCGUCGUCAGAUAUUCUAUCGGAUGGAAUGGAUACUCUUUCGAUACCAGAUAAAACAGGGUUAAGGAAAUCAAUUCCGAAGCAUAAUAAUUAUAAGGCUGGAUAUAUACCCGUUCAUGAGCAAGAUAUUCAAACGUCAAAUAUUAGAGGCAGGAAGACGUUUGCUUUUUGGACUCUGGUGUUUCUUUUGUUCAUUUUAGCUAUAGGAAACUUGAUUUUGACAGUUGUCAUUUUGGGAGUGUUACGUUUGGGUCAAGGGAUGCAAAGUUUAGAGUUAAUACCCGAAGAUUUUGUUCUGAAAUUUAUGGGAGAAACGGAUUUAGGAAAUAUCUAUAAACGCGACGGCAAAAUAGAAGGCUAUGCAAAUAUUCCGGUAGUAAUUGUUGCCGAUAAUGGAUCAGUUGUUGUCAACUUAGCAGUGAAAUAUGGGAGGUCAAUAAAUAAACUUAAAAUUGACCAAAAUGGAACAAUAGUGAGAAAUAUUGACGAAUUUGAGGUGAAAAACGCCGACGAUGACACGGUCUUCUCCACACACUCUAGAAAAUAUGUUAAAUACAAAAAUGUAACUAAUAUUAGUGCUAGUAUGGUGGAAACAAAUCGAGUUGUUAGUCCUAUAGGCAAAGAAUUAAUUCUAGGCGGUGAAAACAUUUAUUUUAAAGGAGCGGAAGGUACUAAUAUGGAAAGUAAAUCCUUAUCGUGGGAUGCCGAUCAAGAUAUUCGCUUUGAAUCUAGGUCUUUGUUAAUUAACAGUAGUGCUAUAUUAAUUGUUGACACAGUUUUAUCUAAGCACAAUGAAUUUAGCAAAGCUCAAUAUAAAGUUUGUAUUUGCAUGCCGCAGGGUAAACUCUUCAAGUUGCGAUUACCGAGCACAAACGCAAAAAUAUUUUGCGACCAAGUUGCUUCAAAUCCAUGCAUGUAAUGUUUGAUAAUGGUAACGGAUAAUAUUGAUUAACACCUAUUAAGUACUCUCAUUCCAAGUAGGCUUUUUUGCUAGGUAGAUUCAGUUUCAAAUAAAUUUGUCGUGUGAACAAUAAAUACAUAUUAAGUACUA